UUAUGGGAAUUUUAUAAUGUAGCAGAGUACAAGAAUAAAGUUUUUAAGAACUGGUCCGAUAAUUAAAAAUCAUAAUGCCAAAUUUUAAAGAUAAAUCGCAUAUUUCAAGGGGAAACUCUCAAAAACGUAGAUCUAAAUCUUCGAAUUACGCCGAAGUGGAUAUACAUAAAACUAAUUUUGUAUCAAUACCAAACACCAUUAAACUUAGUAUGCUGAAUAGUGGACUUCUUUCUUUUGAAAAAAUUAGGCUAGAGGCACGAGAUGAGAACAACUCUUUAUCAAAAACUAUACCUCAUUUUCCAAUAAGUAAAGCACAUUUUCUUAAGCUGUGUGAUUUGCGACGAAAAUUUCCAGUGCUUUAUAAAUUAGAGUUUCAAACAGCCACUAGAAUAGAAACAAAUAUGUGUAGACAUGCAUUAAGGAAAAACAAUCAUGAUAAAAACCAGAAUUCAAAAUGCAUUCCUUACGAUUACAACCGCGUUGUACUAAAAAAGAAAGCAGCAGUUCCAGAUUCAGAUUACAUAAAUGCGUCUUAUGUUGAUAGUCUUUUAAAACCAAAUGCGUAUAUUGUUUCACAAGGUCCAGUCGAAGAAACUGUAAAUGCGUUCUGGCAAAUGGUGUGGCAAGAGAAUAUUAGUGCCAUUAUCAUGCUUACUAAAACCUUUGAUUUCGCUAAGGUAAUGUGUGUUCAGUAUUGGCCACCAAAUAUGGAAAUACAUGAAACGUAUGGUGAUAUACAUAUAAACAUUAUACAUGAGGAACAACUAGCUAAUUUUCACAUCCGGACCUUUCAUUUGUAUAAAGUCAACGAACUGAAAGAAAUCGUUAAUGAACGUCUUAUACUACAAUUCCAUUAUACGGAGUGGUAUUCUCAUUCAUGCCCUUUUUCAAAUGCACUUUUAGAAUUUAGGCGGCGGGUACGUUUGGUUGUUGGUAAUAUUAUUAAAGGUGAUGAUAUUAAAGGACCGAUGUUAGUUCAUUGUAGCGAUGGAGGAGGUAGAUCCGGUGUGUAUUUAUCCAUUGAUGCUAAUCUGGAGUUAGCGGAAGAAGAAGAUUGUUUCAACGUGUUCGGUUAUUUAAAGAAGCUGCGUCAAUCAAGAAAAGGUCUUGUAGAAAAUGUGGAACAAUAUAAAUUUAUAUAUGAUACCCUAGAAGAACAUGAAAUAUGUGGAAAAACAUGGUUUCCAGUAUCGGAAUUAUCUGACCGUCUAAAGGUAAAAGCCCGUCGCAAUCCUUUAACAAAAAUGAAUGAAUAUCAAGUAGAAUAUGGUCAAAUCUGUAAGCAAACUCCUCGAUUUUCAAUAGGAGAUUGUGCUGGUGGUCAUAGAGCUGACAACAGAGAUAAAAAUCGUGAUGUGCUUUGUGUUCCUCCGGACAAUUUUAGGCCGUACUUAACCUCUUUUCAAGGUAAUGCUUUUACAGACUACAUAAAUUCUGUGUUUGUAGAUGGAUAUACUAAACCAAGGGAAUACAUAGUAACAGAAUGGCCAUUGAAACACACAUUAGGAGAAUUUUGGUCUCUUAUUUACGACCAUGAAUGUUCUGUUGUUGUAGUGCUAUGUCAACCACCUGUUAAUUCUCAGAAUUUUCCAUCAUUUUGGCCACAUAAAUCAAAAAUGGAAAAAUACGGACCAGUCUUUUCGGUUCACAAUAUUUCAUAUAAAAAUUAUACCAAUAUCAAACAAUGGGAAUUCAAAAUAAAUAAAAAAAUUGUGUCACUGACUGAAAUGAUGGCAGGUGUCAAAGCUCCAACAAAAGCUGUUCAGCUUUUUCAACUUACAUGCUGGCCAAUGGGACAUAAAGUUCCUACUUCUACUAAUUCUUUAGUUUACCUAAUGAAUAUGGUAGAGCUUUGGAGACAAAGAGUUGAUUACGGUCCAGUUUGUGUUGUUUCCCCAGAUGGAAGAAGCCGUGCUGGAGUGUACUGUGCCGCUAAUGCUUGUAUUGAACAGGUUAUUCAACAUGGAGAAGUUGAUGUGUUCCAAGCAGUGAAAACCGUCCGACGACAUCGGCCGCAACUUGUGGAAAAUAUGACGGAAUAUAAAUACUGUUACGAUUUAGUUUUACAUUACGUCCUUCAUUUUCUAAAUAAAACCAAAUAAUUGUAAAGAAACGCUAAUACCUUCUUAAGUAGGUUUAAUAGUUGUAUUAUAUAUAUAUGUGCUUCAAUAAAUACUUGGACGAAAACAUUUA